AUUUAUUAUCCCAGCUUGUACCCCUAACUACGGAGACCUAGUCCCUCUAAACAAUGUCCGCCCAACUUUUCUCUUACAAGCCUCUCUAUGCAUGCCCAAACUCUAUAUGUAUUCGAUUACUGCAUCUAAAUCCGUCUCAAGCCGUUUGUAACCCACUUACGGGAGAUCUCGAAGAAUACCCACUUGGCAAUGAAGAGGUUGGCAUGUUCGAAGCACUGUCUUAUACUUGGGGAGACCCUCUCGUGUCUCAAGAUAUAAUUCUAGGAGGAAAGAGGUUUUCGAUUCGCCAAAACCUCUAUGAUGCCCUUCGUCGUCUUCUCUCUAAUGCACCGAGGAUUCUCUGGGUAGAUUCGAUCUGCAUUAAUCAAUUGGAUAAUACAGAAAAGUCGGCACAGAUCCCAUUGAUGGGUCAAAUAUAUUCAACCGCCCGAUCUGUGAUUAUAUGGUUGGGUAAAGGUUUAUCUCCAGAAAAGGAUAAUAGACUCCACCAGCUAUUCCUAUGGGCCUCUCCAGCUCGAACUUUACAUCCAUGGCGGAAGGGUCGCCUCGCGUGGAGCCUACCGCCUUUAUUAAAAGUCUUAGAUAUCUUCAACCACGAUGUUAUGUCGAUAACUACGUCAGAGACAAUUGACAUUACCUGUGAGGACAUCGAAGCCUUCCUUCAGCUGCCAUGGUUUUCUCGACGUUGGAUCAUCCAAGAAGCGUAUAACGCCAGAGACGUCACAAUUCACUUUGGUUGUCACCAGUUAAGUUGGAAGGACUUCUCACUUGCUUUAGAGACGCUAUCAACCUCUCACGAGGAAGAUUGUAAUUCGCUGCAGGAAUUAUCGGCAUACCGACUACUUAUAUGGCGAAACAUCUCGAAUUUUGAUUCAGUGUUAGAAAGCAUUGAGAACUUUUAUGGCUUCGCUGGCAUGGAUGACCGAGACCGAAUAGCGGCGUUUUUGACACUAGGGUGGCCGCAUACAUCUGUCGGCUCUGAUUUUCUUGUAAACUACGCACAAUCUGUCGAAGAGAACUACAUUCGAUUCGCUGUCCAUAUGAUCAAUGUCGGAAAAGGUGCCGAGAUUCUCCUUGCAGCAAGCCAUGGUUGCAGAGGAACGGCAGAGGCUCAGAAUCACCUACCCUCGUGGGUCCCAGAUUGGCGGAUCGUUAAGCGGCCUAAUAUUACAUCUAGACCUUAUGGCGAUUUCAACGUACACGUUACCGACGAGGGCUGUGUAGAAUUUGUGGGUCGAAAAACACAUGAAUUCUCUUAUGAUCAGCCAAUGGCCGCGGAUGACAUGCAUCAUAAUACUAUUAAACCAAAGUCAAAGAUACAAUGGUCAAAAGGCGAUAUUAUCUGCAACUUGGUGUCAUGGAAUGGUUUUCAAGAUAUGAACAAGCUGAUUAUGCGGCGUUGUCGCAAAUCAAAUCGUUUUGAAAUACUCGGCGGCGCGUUUAACCUUGCUGAAGUACUAGAGACCAAUUGGGAGAACUAUAUAUCUAAUGUAGAGAAUCCCGUUAAGCAAAGAUUUAUUGUUAAAUAA